AUGCUCUCACGUGUUGCUGCAGUGAAGGCACCCCGCACACACAACCGUCGCCGCGUGACCGGAUCCGGCGGGAGGAGGAGGGGAGGAGGAGAGAGUGAGCCGCAGAGGCCCAACAUGUCUCGGCGUGUGUUUAAUUCCGCGCUGCAUCUCCUUCUCCUUGUCGUGAUGAUGUGCUGUAACGCUGUUGGGGAUCAUCAAGCUGAUGCACCGACGCAAGGCCCAGGAUCUUCACCGGAAAAUCAUUUUGUUUGGAGAAAUAAGAAAGAAGAAGAAAAAGUGGGUUCGCUCCGUUUUCCCAGUCUUCUUGAGGUGGAUGGUAAAGUGUUUGCCGUUGCCGAGGCGCAGUGCACGGGAAAAAAUGGUGCUGGUGAAGGCAGUUUUACUGGGAUUGCCUCGGGGCUGCUGACGUUGGAUAAGAGGCAAACAAACGAGGAGUUGGAUGCGAGUAAAGUGAAUAUACACGUACUGGAGGAAUGUCCAUCCGAUAAAGAGGAAUGCGCCUCCCAACCAGAGGGCCAUGCUGUUUCCCAAAGCGAAACGAAAGUAAUUGUGAACCGACCGACAACAGUCGUGAAGGAAAAUGAAAUUUACAUGCUUGUUGGGAAAUACAGCCAGGCAGCUGUUGUUGGUGCUCCGAAGAAUGAUGCCGAGGACUGCGGACUUUUGCUGGUGAAAGGAAAGGUUGGUGGUGAGAGCAGUGACAGUAUUAUUUGGGGAGAUACUGCUGGCGUCCCAUGCAUUUCUACUGUUGAAAAAGAAAAAUUAGGUUCGACACGACUGAUUGGCGGCGGUGGAUCGGGUAUUAAGAUGCAUGAUGAUACGCUUGUGUUCCCAGUGGAAGGCAUGAAGAAGGAGAGUGGAAAGACCGUUUCGUUGCUCAUAUACACCUUGAAGGAUACUAAGAGUUGGGUACUGUCGAAUGAGGUUCCUGACGGUGGCUGCAGUGAUCCCUCCGUCGUGGAGUGGAAGGACAAAAAACUCAUCAUGAUGACUGCGUGUGAUGAUGGCCGCCGCAGGGUGUACGAGUCCGCUGACAAGGGGGAGUCGUGGACGGAGGCACUCGGGACACUCUCGCGCGUGUGGGGCAAGAAAAAGGGCGAAGGUGGCGUUAGAAGCGGGUUCAUCACAGCGACGAUUGGCGGUGUUAAUGAUAAAAAAGUGAUGCUCGUUACUCUGCCGGUGUAUCCCGAGGAGGAAAGUAAAAAAGAAAACGGAAAGGGAAAACUCCAUCUUUGGCUGACGGACAAUACGCACAUUGUUGAUAUUGGGCCGGUAUCCGAUGAUGAGGACGUUGCCGCCAGCUCCCUGUUGUACAGAAGUGCUGGAAGUGGAGAUAAGAAGGAGAAGUUGAUUGCACUGUACGAGAAGAAGAAGGGCGCUGAGGGCAAACCAUCACCCGGUAUGGUCUCUGUGCCUCUGACUGCGGAACUGCAGCGUGUGAAGGAUGUGCUGGCGACGUGGAAGAAAGUGGACGAAAUUGUCUCCGAGCUGUGCCCUUCUAAAAGUGCUGAGGAGGAUGCCUCUACUGGCAAUGCCUGCAGCCCUACUGUUAGGAUCACGGAUGGGCUGGUUGGCUUUUUGUCCGGCAACUUCUCUAAUGACACAUGGAGAGACGAGUACCUCGGGGUGAACGCCACAGUGAAGGGGAAUGAUGAUGGGGGUAAUAGGGCAACAUUGCAUGAAGGCAGUGUGAAGUUCACGGGAGCGUGGGCGGAGUGGCCCGUUGGCAAUCAAGAGGAGAAUCAGCUGUACCACUUUGCGAACUACAACUUCACUCUUGUGGCGACGGUGUCCAUCGACGGUGUGCCGAAGAGCGGCAGCCACAUUCCUUUGAUGGGUGUGAAGAUGAAUGACAGCGGGAAGACUGUACUCCUGGGACUGUCAUACAACGGAGGAGGUAAGUGUAUAUUAGUGUGCAGGGGCGGAACGAACACUGAGGGUCAAAGCGUCACUUUGGCGACGGAGGCAACACACCACGUGGUGAUUUUGCUACGGAACGGCACCCAGGGCUCCGCGUACGUCGAUGGUAAAAGUGUGAGUGGGGAUGUGCCGUGUGCAUUGGAGAAUAAGGAUUCAAAAGCGGUAUCCCACUUCUACAUUGGAGGGGGCGAACGCAGUGGAGGCAGCGCAGGGAGCGAAGAAGACGUGUCUGUGACUGUGACGAACGUCCUGCUGUACAACCGCCCGUUGAAUGACAGUGAGAUUACUGCGCUUAACACAAAACUUUCUAUUCCAAAGGCAGAAGGUACAAAAACAGUGAUGGGUACUCCACCAGAGGCAAGUAAACAAGCUACGCUGGAAACCAAAACUCCGUCUAGUCUUGGCGGGCAACAGCAGACUGAACAGGAUCCGUUGAGGACAAGUGAAAAUGAGGGGAGUGGCGUUUUAUCCACGUCAGCGGUGUCCAGUGCCACGACUUCUCCAGCAGCCAAAGAGUCCGAAGACCCGUCAGUGUCGGGAACAUUUCCCGAAGGACAUUCGAAUGUGGAUGUUGAUUCUUCGUCCGAGGGAGGCCAAACGGUGGAUGCCGAAGCUGGAGACACGGUGCAGGGAGAUGGAACGCAACAACCGUCAGUGGGCACUCCUGCCACAGCAGAUACAAAUGCCCCUACCGCUGAAACCAUGGCGCCAGAUGGAACCGCCGUGACACCUGAGGCGGGAGGACACACUGGUGAGAAUGGGGAAACGGCGGGAGGAAAAGAUGGGCAGAAAAGGGAGGGCGAAGUAAAGGCUGCGGCACUCAGCAGCAGUCUCGGAAAUUUGUCGCAGGGGAAUAACAGCGAUGCCGGCACUGUGCGUGGGAGCGGACUGCUGUUGCUUCUUUUGUUGGGACUGUGGGUGUUUGCGGCUCUGUGA